ACGAACCACCACUAGAGCUGCUUUCAGUUAUUAUAAAUCGAUAACAGCGCGGUUCCGUGCGUAAAUACGUGCUCACCUCUAUCUGGAUGUAACCAUCGGGCGAAUUCGAGAAAUAUGGGUGAUUUGAUCUGGAAAGAAUUUUUAAGCCAAGCAAAGCAGUUUCUUCAGAUUUCCCAGCGGUUGGGUGAUGAUUGGAUCCUGGAACAAAAGGACUUGAAUGAACCCAACACCUUCCUUAAGUUCAGUCAAAAGGUAAAAAGCAACGGAAGCGAGGGUGAUCCUGGAGAAUUUGUGAAUGUGGAGUACCAUGUAGUCUACAGCAUUUCCUAUCAAGUACCCAUGUUGUUUUUCCAGGCACACAGAUCAAACGGAAGCCUUCUGGAUUUGGAGGCGAUUUGGAAUUUAUUUAUGGCGGAAACUAAUGCCAACGAUCUCUACCAGAUACUCACCCAAAUGGAGCACCCCGUGCUGUUUAGACCUUUCAUGGCACUACAUCCUUGCCGCACCGCCGAAGUUCUUAGACAAUUCGGACAGCCCAGUAGUAAUCAGGUCAUCACCUUUAUCAGUCUUUACGGGCCCCAUGUACAGUUACACUUGCAAAAUGCCUAUGGACUUAGUCAGGAAUACACGUAAUUUGCAUUUAUUGGUGGUUGUUUUAAACACUGGUUAUAGGAGUAUACAUGUGUGGAUAAUAUGCCAAAUGCAAUUUACAGCUUCACAUUCGAAUCGCUACCUCAAAGUGGUUUGACCUUUACAUAGAAUAAGCUUCAAAUGGGGACAUCAUGGUCCUCCUCUUUUGUAGUACUGGGCACAAGUGAAGAUCCAAAUUGUACAGUAAAUACGGCAAACUGUUAUGGGAUACACUUAAAGAGCGACCACUCUACGACUCACACCUAAAGCUAAACUUUGGUAUGAAUGUAGUCUAAAUGUAAAAUAAAUUACUUUAGUAAACCUAAGAAAGGAACGAAGCUUUGUACACAGAUUAUAACUCCGCUUUGGGGAUACAUUUCAUCUACUUAUGCAAUAAAUAUUGUAGACCUAA